ACAGGGCCUCGCCUCUCAGCGGUGAAGUGGCCAAUCCUGAGUGUAACCGUUAGUGUCGGUUGGAGUUUCGGUGCAGAGUGUGAGGGGCAGCGGUGUUCUCCCGGGAGCCCAGGAGCUGUGGCCACAAUGGGAGAAAUAGAAGGCACGUACCGCGUGUUGCAGACCCCAGGCGCCCGUCUAGGUACCCAGAGAACCACUGGAAUUAGUACCCUAGAGCCAGGACAAACCCUCAGCACGGCGCUCUCUUCACCCACCAAGGCCAAAAAUCUGGAUUUAUGCUCCUCUGUACUUCUUCUGGAUGGCACUGUGCUCCCUGUCGAAGUUGGGCCAAAGACCACAGGCCAGGCCCUGCUGAGCCAAGUGUUCACUCAUCUCAAUGUGGUGGAGACGGACUAUUUUGGCAUUGAGUUCCAGACGGCACAGUCUCAAUGGGUGUGGUUGGAGCCGCUGAAAUUUGUGAACAAGCAGCUGCGCAAACCAAAAAAUGCCAAAAUGCGCCUGGCUGUGAAGUUUUUCCCACCUGACCCAGGUCAGCUGCAAGAGGAGUAUACAAGGUACCUUUUUGCCAUGCAGAUCAAGAGAGACCUUGCAGAGGAGAGACUGGUGUGCAGCGAUAAUACCACCGCACUUCUUGUAUCCCUGCUAUUGCAAUCUGAAGUUGGGGAUUAUGAUCAGAAUGUGGACCAGGAGCAUCUGAAAAACACAGAGUAUUUGCAGCGUCAAUAUUGCCUUGAGGAGCGUAUAUUAGAGUGUCACCGGCAGCACCUUGGUAUGUCGCCUGCUGAUGCAGAUUUUCAGAUUCUGGAGAUUUCCAGACGGCUUGAGUUGUAUGGAAUCCGUUUUCAUCUCGCGUCUGAUCGUGAAGGUGCCAAAAUUAAUUUGUCAGUGUCGCACAUGGGAGUGUUGGUUUUUCAGGGUAACACAAAAAUUAACACAUUCAACUGGUCAAAGAUCCGUAAGCUGAGCUUUAAAAGAAGACGCUUCCUUAUAAAGCUGCACCCAGAAGUUCAUGGCCCUUAUCAGGAUUCCCUAGAGUUUCUCCUUCCCAGUCGGGAUAUGUGUAAGAGAUUCUGGAAAAUUUGUGUAGAGUAUCACAGCUUCUUCCGUCUGCAGGAUCAACCAAAACCCAAAUCCAAGCCAGUUCUUUUGAGCCGCGGAUCUUCUUUUCGGUACAGUGGACGAACGCAAAAACAACUUAUAGAGUACGUGCGGGACACCAGCAUCAAGAGGCCACCAUGUGAAAGGAGACACAGCAAACCCAGAGUGUCCCCUAGCACUGUGAUCCCUAACUCUCCAAAGCAGAUCAUCCCUUUCACUGAGAGUGUGAGGACUUCUGUUUUACCUUCCUCCCUUAUCCUGUCCUCUUUUUUCAACCCUCCUGCCUCACCCAAACAAAAAGACACAACCAGAAAUGAGCACAUCUCUGCUUCUCAGUGGCAAGAGGAACCUGGCCGGCGAGCUCAAGAGAACGCAGGAUCUUCAGUUCACUCACCAUUACAAGGUGUUUCCCCCAACCCAACCCCCUCCUUGCAGAAUAAACAGGACCCAGGAAAAAUCCUGGAUAAUGAACAUGUCCAGCAGGGUGAGAAUGUUAGGCUGUGGGUAUCAGGGGUUUCUGAUUCACUUCUUUUGACUGAAGAAUUUAUAGAUGAUGAUCCAGCAGACAUCUCCUUUAGUGGAGGAGCAGAGCUGUAUAGCUAUGGUGAGAGUCUAGAGUCACCUGAUCAUGAUGAUAUCCCACCAGAAGAGUAUUUUCUGGAUGGGGUGGAUGUGACAGAUUUCAAUGGCAACACAAGGUCAACUGAUGCUAAUGAGUUAUUAGAAAUGAAAGCUCAGGCAAGUCGCAUGCAAAGUUUUCUGAUCCCAUCAGAAAAUGGAUCGCUACUCCAUUACCGCUCUGAAACCGGCUCCCUGGUUCACCGUCGCUCUGAAAGCAGUUCCCUCACAAACCUCAAUGGUAUCCCUUCAUUUUCCCGAUCUGCUAACCACUCCACUGCCAGCUCAAUGAUAAAUUUUCCCGCCUGCUCUGUACGCUCGGAAUCCAGUUCGGCUUUCCAAUUUGGAGAUAUAGCAGACCAGCUAGAACAGCUUAGCUACCCUCCAACAACCACUGAGGACUCUAGCAGCUCUGAAGACGACUCCUGGGACUCUGAAGAUGAGACUCCAAUUGAUAUGAACUUAUUCUUCAGCAAUCCACUGACGCAUUAUACCAAUUUUAAUCAACUUGGGCUGCUGGAUAAGAAGGAUGCUCCUGACCCUGGCAACUCUCCAUUGAUGAGCCCAACGUUAAGUGACAGUGGUAGUGCCAGAGCUGAUGAUGUGGAAGAAACUUCUGACAAGAUGGAUGAAGCCUUUUAUAUCACCAAGGAAAUUCUCAGCACGGAGACUUCUCAUCUAAAGGAUAUUGAGGUCAUAACUUUGUGGCUGGAGAAGGCGCUUAGUAAAGGUGGAGAUCAACAGGAAACUCUAGAGCAUCAGAUGAAGCCUCUCUUUUCUUGCAUGGACCCUAUACGGUUAUUUCACCAGGAAUUUUUGCAGCAACUUGAGGAUAUCCUAAGCCUUUGGGAAGGGCGAUCUGCACGUACCAAAGAUAUGCAAAUUCUUGGAGACUUCAUGCUUCGGAAUAUGACUGCCUUAAGGGCCCUCCUCCCAUCGCUGCACAAACUGGAGGAAGUAUUUUUGGAAAUGCAGAGAAGAUGUCCUGGGAAGCAGGAGAUGGAUACUCUGCUGCAGGAGUUUGAACAGCAGCGAGUUUGUUACCUGCCUUUCAGCUGCCUUUUGCUGAAGUCUCUUCAGCGGCCUCUACAAUAUGAGAAGCUGUUGGAGAGAUUAUGCCGUCACUAUCCGCCAUCACACCAUGACUAUAACAACUGCCAAAGGGCCUUAGGAGAAGCCAGUGCAGUGAGUUCUCGGCUCCGGCACCGCCUUCUGCACCUCCAGAACUUGCAGAGACUGGACCAGUUAGAGAGAGAUCUGCUGGGAGGAGAACAUCUUUCAUCACCGGGACGGGAAUUUAUCAGAGAGGGCUGCCUAUACAAGCUAACCAAGAGUGGUCUGCAGCAGCGCAUGUUCUACCUUUUCUCGGAUAUGCUGCUAUAUACACGGAAGGGUCUGAGCUGCACCAACCAGUUUCGGGUUCACGGACGGCUUCCACUACAUGGUAUGCUGGCUGAGGACAGUCACAGCUCUGUCCCACACUGCUUUACUAUCUACUCUGCACAGACGACCAUAGGAGUGGCUGCCAGUUCUCAGGUGGACAUGAGGCGCUGGCUGGAUGAUCUGAAUGCGGCUAUUAGUCGGGCUCCGAGAUACAGUGAACUUUCUGCCCUAUCACUACAGCAGCCAGUUCUCCAGGCCCCAGGGCAGAUCCAUCAUCCCAACACACUCAGCCAUGUUUGCUGGUAUCGAAACCAGAGUGUGUCCCUGACUGAUCACAUCACUAUGAUGGAGAAUCAGCUCUCGGGUUACUUGCUUCGUAAGUUCAAGAACAGCAAUGGCUGGCAGCGGCUGUGGGUGAUCUUCACCAAUUUCUGCCUUUACUUCUAUAAAACGCAUCAGGAAGAUGCUCCACUUGCCUCAUUGCCGCUGCUGGGAUACACAGUUAGUGUCCCGACCUUCUCUGAUCCUGUCACCUGUUGCCACGUCUUCAAACUGCAUUUCAAGUCUCAUGUAUACUUCUUCAGAGCGGACAGCGAGUAUACAUGGAGGAGGUGGAUGGAAGUGAUCAGGCGUGGAGUGAGCUCCCCAGGGAAAAUCGGACACUUAGCCGAGGAUGGAAUCAUUGUUGAUUGACCCUAUGACAAACUAAUUACAGCUUGAAGUCAGGACAAGUAUAUACAAGAACACAAACAGGCGUUUUGUAAAGGAUGCAAAGAAUGGAAUGUGCACUAGGAGAUGUUAAUAGAAAUUACUAAAGAGCAAAAAUUUUAGAAGAAGAAGAAAAUCCCUUUAUUGUCCCUCAGUGGGGAAAUCUUGGCAUAACAGCAGAAAUCACAUUCACAAC